AUGUUCGGUCAAAUACCCAGGACCAAGUCCGAACUGGGCCAUGCCUUGGCCAAGGGCCUCGGUAUCAAGGUUGCAUACAGAGACCCUCUGGGUGCUACAGGUGAACCCGUCACAAGAGGAGAAUCAACAUUCUCUAUGGGCACCGUCGACACAUACUCAUACAACGAGCCCGAGCCGACAAGUGUCGACUGGAUUCGUGAGGUCACCCCGUCUGGAGCCCAACUCGGCAGAUAUUUUCUCAAUCUCUUUCCUUUCCUCACAUGGAUUGGCAACUACAACCUACAAUGGCUCUUCGGUGAUCUGGUUGCCGGUAUUACCGUUGGAGCGGUCGUGGUGCCACAAGGUAUGGCAUACGCUGACCUAGCUGGAUUGGAGGUACAGUACGGUCUGUACUCCUCAUUCAUGGGAGUUUUGAUAUAUUGGUUCUUUGCCACGUCAAAGGAUAUUACCAUUGGGCCCGUGGCUGUCAUGUCAACUCUGACUGGAACCAUCGUGUCCGAUGUCCAGGCUCAAUAUCCAGAUUACCCUGCUCAUUUGAUUGCAUCCGCUCUUGCAGUCAUUUGCGGUGGUAUUGUUCUAGUGAUGGGUCUGCUGCGUAUCGGAUUCAUUGUCGAUUUCAUUCCUCUCCCUGCUAUUUCAGCCUUCAUGACUGGUUCUGCUCUGAGCAUUUGCUCAGGACAGGUUCCCACCAUGCUGGGCGAGACGGCCAAAUUUAGCACGCGCGGUCCUACCUACGAGAUCAUUAUCAACACCCUCAAAUAUCUCCCCACUUCAAACUUGGAUGCUGCUAUGGGUGUCACGGCCUGUGCAAUGCUGUACAUUAUUCGUUCGGCAUGUACUUUCGCUGCGAAGAAGCAGCCUGCCAAGGCCAAGAUUUGGUUCUUUAUCUCGACUCUUCGGACCGUGUUUGUAAUCUUGUUCUACACGAUGAUUAGUGCCGCCGUGAACUUGCACCGAAGGGAUGAUCCGGCGUUCAAGAUCCUCGGGAAAGUCCCUCGAGGAUUCCAACAGGCCGCCGUGCCCACUAUGGAUCCUAAGAUCAUUUCAGCCUUCAUUGGCCAGCUUCCAGCUGCAGUCAUCGUUCUGCUGAUUGAGCACAUUGCUAUUUCCAAGUCUUUCGGCCGUGUCAACAACUACACUAUCGACCCUUCUCAGGAAUUUGUGGCCAUUGGUGUAAGUAACCUUCUCGGGCCUUUCCUCGGUGGCUACCCCGCCACUGGAUCUUUCUCCCGGACAGCCAUCAAGUCGAAAGCUGGAGUGCGCACGCCUCUUGCUGGUGUCAUUACCGCGGUCGUGGUGCUCUUGGCUAUCUAUGCCCUACCCGCUGUCUUCUUCUACAUCCCCAAGGCUUCUCUGGCUGGUAUCAUUAUCCACGCUGUCGGCGAUCUGAUCACUCCCCCCAACACCGUGUAUCAGUUCUGGAGCGUGUCUCCGCUUGAUGCGAUUAUUUUCUUCGUUGGUGUCUUCGUCACUGUCUUCACUUCCAUUGAAAAUGGUAUCUACUGCACAGUCUGUAUCUCGGUUGCCGUCCUGCUUUUCCGUGUGGCCAAGGCCCGCGGUCAGUUCCUGGGCCGUGUCACUAUCCAUUCCGUUGUCGGAGACCACCUGUUGGAUGGCGAUGGAAAGUACGGAUCUUUCGGAACUAACAAGAAACCCUCCGAUGACGAGGAACGCCACCACAGAACUAUCUUCCUUCCCAUCAACCACACCGAUGGCUCCAACCCCGAUAUCGAAGUGGAGCAGCCCCUUCCGGGUAUCUUCAUCUACCGCUUUUCCGAAGGCUUUAACUAUCCCAACGCCAACCACUAUACCGAUGCCCUGGUUGAAGCCAUCUUCAAGCAGACCCGCCGAACGAACCCGAACGCCUACAACAGGCCCGGUGACCGUCCCUGGAACGAUGCCGGUGCCCGUCGCGGCAAGAAGGGUGGCGACAACGAUUCACACUUGCCCCUUCUCCAAGCCGUUAUUCUUGACUUCUCAUCCGUGAACAACGUCGACGUUACCUCCAUCCAGAACCUGAUCGACCGCGGCCUGGCUGCCGCAGGCUUCGGUUACCCGACCCCCGUCGCGAGCGACGGCUUCCACCGGUGGAAACCCAUUUUCAGCGUGGCCGAGAUCGAAGGCAGCGCCUCAGCCGCCGCCCACGCCGAAAUCAUCGCCAACCAACGCGAGCAGUCCCACCGCAAGAGCGCGGAUAUCGAAUCCGGUCUCAAGUCUGAAUCCAACACUACCGCACGCGAGACCGAGGGCGUUGAGACCGCGUCCGAGAACUCGGACAUCAUCCGCGAGGACAAGUUCCAGCGUGAUAUCACGGACAGCAAGGCGUACCGGAGUCGUCCUAAGGUUGCGCUCGUGCAGGGCAUGAACAGGCCUUUCUUCCAUAUCGACUUGACCAGCGCUCUUCAAAGUGCCGUUGCCAAUUCCUCAGAAGAGAUCCCGCACAUUGCUUGA